AUGGAGACCCAUACCACUGAAACCUCGCCCGAUAGGACCACUGUCUCAGCUUACUCAUGUCAGCAAGCAUUGCGUGAUAGAGCUCGACGAGGAUCGCAAGGUGACACCAUCGACAUCUCACCACCGCCUCGACCGACGACUUCCCGGCUGGAAUCUUCACGCGAUGACCAUCCGUACUGCCUGGAGCAAUUCGUAGAAGAGGCGGCACACAAGCCCAAGCGCGACACUGUUCUAUAUCUUGCCUAUGGCUCCAAUUUGUCCAGCGAGAAGUUCCGCAAGGACAGAGGCAUCAAGCCUCUUUCGCAGAUCAACGUACUAGUGCCGUCCCUGCGGAUGACAUUCGAUCUUCCAGGGAUACCCUACGCCGAGCCUUGUUUCGCGAACAGUGCACGACGCGAUCCUCACGACGACAUCUCACACUCGAACAGCGACGACGAGAAGACAUCCCUCCUACCCUCAAAAGAUGGCAACGGAGGCUACCUUGAUGGCUGGCAUAAAGGCCUCAUAGGAGUCGUCUAUGAAGUCACGCCCGAAGACUACGCUCACAUCAUCGCGACAGAAGGAGGGGGGUCAGGGUAUCAGGACAUAUUGGUUGAAUGCCAUCCCUUCGCUAACGCAGAUCCUCGCGAAGCUGUUCCCAAGCAUCCCACUCUUCCUCCCUUCAAAGCCCACACCCUGUUCGCACCCGCUGUUCCUGACGGCGAACCACCGAAGAAAGGAGGACACCUGCAGCGACCACGUGCAGACUAUGCCCAGGCAUCAGCGCGGUACUUGAAGUUGAUUACGGAUGGUGCAGAAGAGUGCAAAUUGCCGUAUGAGUAUCAAGAAUACUUGUUGUCCCUUCAGCCAUACACCAUUACCACAACGAAGCAGAGGUUGGGCCAGUUCGUGAUUCUUGCAACGUGGCUGCCGAUUGUGCUGAGUAUGUUCGCGCUGGGGAAGCUGGUUGCGGGUAAGAACGGGAGGGCACCAAAGUGGAUGAGGGAGCUCACGAAUGCGGUGUUUAAGGCCGUGUGGAAGAGUUAUGAUGGCUUCUUCCAGCCACUAUUUGGUGACGGGGAGAGAACCAUUGAGAAGGGAGGCAACGAGGACAGUCAAAGUGAAGGCAGACGUGGCAAGUCCAUGAUACGACAGAGAAGUCAAGACAGUCAUAGCGAUGUUGAGAAAGGCAUAUGA